AUGUCCAAGAAGGCAAGUCGUGCUCGAUCGGCGCUGAGAGUGUCGCGCGCCAGUCUCCUCACGUGUGGCCGCCCGGCCGGCUGCUCCGGCCAUGAAGCCGACGGCGUCCUCGAUGGGGCAGCGCGGCGGCAGCUGGUGGUGAAGAAAGCUUCCCGGCCGCUACCUGCCGGCGCCCCGGCGCCUUCUUCAAUGAAGAUCGUGGCAGCUGCUGACCGCCGGAUAGAGGCCGCCGUUGCGCGCCGUGGACCAUGCCGCAAGGACGCCGAUGUCUGCCUGCACACAAGAACUAUGGAUCUGGGUGAGGGCAUGAACAAGGAUUGCUACAUCUCAUUGCAAUCAGCGGGGAGAGGAGUAACUUUCACAGAACUCCUUACCAUGGUUGCUACUGAAGCUGAGCAGUCUAAGUUCACUGUUGACCGCCAGGCUGAAGUAAACAAACUGAUGGUUGUUGGAUCUGCAGAGGAAAAUCAAACUGAAAAGUGCAUUGACAGUAGUGCAAAUCGAUCUUCAGGUAACUUUGAGGAAGAAUUUUUGGAUACAAAUCUGGAAUUUAGUAGGGAGACAUUAACACAGCCAGUAGCUUCUAUCGAUAGAAGGGAUGGUUCUUUUGGUUCAAAAUUACCGGACGAAUCCAUAGGAACUAGCUGUUUCGUUGACAGUUCAGUUAACUUUGGUAGUAGUAACUGCUCCGACGGUAUUUCGAAGUCUUCAUUCUCUAGAACAAUUUCCAAUUACCAGUUGGAGGAAGAUUGUGGGGCAACGGAUGUGACAUCGCAAGUAAGGGAAUUUAAUGGUGGUCUAAUAGAAGAGUCAAUGAGGAAAUACUGUGAAGAUAAAAAAAACGUCAUGUUCGAACCUGAGGUCGGAAUGCAGUUCUCAUCUACAGAAGAAGCAUUCCAGUUCUACAACAUGUACUCCUGGGUGCUAGGGUUCAGCAUCAGAUUAGGUGAUAACUACACACCAAAGACAAAGCAAAGGACAAUGCAAGAAUACCUUUGCCAGCGACAGGGUAAUGGUGAUGAGACAAAAAAUUCGACAACGAGGUGUGGUUGCAAAGCAAUGAUGAGGGUGGCAACAAAUGAUAGCUGUAAGUGGUCUGUGAAAAAAUUUAUUGCUGAACACAACCAUGAUAUGGUAGAGAGUUGUGGAGAAAAAAAACAUUUGGCUUCACAUAGACAGAUAGAUAGGCACACAAAGGAGAUGAUAAGGCAUCUAAGAGAGAACAAUGUUAGCCUGACAAGAGUAAAUUUAGUUAUGGGUAGCUUGUUUGGCUCAAUGGAUAAAGUUCCUUUCAGUAAGAAGACACUGAGAACUGUUUGUUCAAACAUAGCAAAAGAAGCUCUUGUCGAUGAUGUACAGAAAACUUUGCAGUCAUUCAGGGAAAAGAUAUCCAGAGAUCCUAGGUUUGUUUUCACAGCAGAGCUAGAUGAGGACAACAGACUCAAUUCACUUAUGUGGACCAGUGGAAGAAGCAGGUCAUUGUACCAGCAUUUUGGAGAUGUGAUAACUUUUGACACAACUUAUGAGACUAACAUCUAUAAAAUGCCAUUUGGCAUGUUUGUCGGUGUGAACAAUCACUUCCAGAGUGUCAUAUUUGCUGGUGUUCUGUUGACGAACGAGACCGCAGCUAAUUUUAAAUGGGCAUUUCAGGAAUUUGUAGCAAUGAUGGGGGGGAAGCCACCGCAAACAAUGCUUACUGAUCAGAGUUUGGCGAUGACAAUUGCCAUAAAGGAAAAUUUGCUGAGUACUAAGCAUCGGUGGUGCAAGUGGCACAUAUUGAGGAAAGCGCAAGAGGCCUUAGGACAUGUUCACAAGUUACAUAGCACUUUUAGUGAUGAGUUCAACAAGGUAGUUAACCACAUGUUAACUCCUGAAGAAUUUGAAUGUGGCUGGGAUUAUUUGACCAAGAAGUAUGACCUAGGUGGUAACCCUUUCAUGACAAGAGCGUUUGAAGUGCGGGAAAAAUGGGCGAAGCCAUAUUUUAAUGAUAUUUUCUGUGCAAGAAUGUCAAGUACUCAGAGGAGUGAGAGCGCGAACCAUGUGCUUAAAGUAUAUGUUCCAUGCAAGUCUUCAAUAAACAUGUUUGUCAAGCGGUAUACUAAGCUUAUUGAUGACAGAGAAAAGGCUGAUGACUGGCUCGAGAAAAACAGAAGCCAGAAAAUUUCGAAGCCUAUGUUUGGUUACCCAAUUGAGAAGCACGCUUGUAAAUUAUAUACUCCUGCGGUUUUCAAGUUGUUCAAGGCGGAAUUAAAGAAGACAGCUUCAUAUGUUAUUGUUGACAAUUCAGAUGGCUUAUGUUAUGAAGUGCUGCACGUAGAUUCUGAAAAUAGAGAAUCCUGGAGCCGUGUAAAUUUCACAAUAACAAUUGAUCCACAUUUGGGGUUAUACAAGUGUCAAUGCAGGCUGUAUGAGCACUUUGGUAUUAUAUGCUGCCACAUUAUGCUGGUUAUGACCCGGACCGGAGUGAUGAAAAUACCUGAAUGUCACAUCAUGAAAAGGUGGACAGUUGAUGCGAGGAAAGGAUCAAAAGUAAAAAGUGGAAAAUCUGUUGCAGUUCUGGACGAUGAAGCAAACAGAACUUUAAGGCACAAAAAUUUAUACAUGCAUGUUCUGGACCUAGUUAGUGCUGGUGAGUACGAUAAAACAACAUCGGACCUAGCAAUGAAGUAUGUAGAAUUGGCGAAGAAGAAGAUUGAAGAGUACAAGAUGACCAUUAGUAGGACGUGCCAAGUUGGAUAUAACUUACCUACUUCAAUCAAUGGUGAUAAAGAUGUGACCAUGGAAGGCAUUGGGGAAACAGGAGAUACUUCCUCAUGUGGGCUACAACUUUAUGAUCGAGCACAGAACUGUGGAAUUGAAGUUAGUUCAAUAAAGGCUCCCAUUGUGAAGAUGAAGAUUGGCAGGCCUACAAAUAGGAGAUUCCUUACCCGCUUUGAUGCAAACAUUACAAGGAAGAAAGGUGUAGUACAUGGGAAUAAGAAGGUUAAUGUUCCUGGCGGAAGAACUGGAGUACAGCAGACGAGGUUUUGCAGCUGCUGCAAGUCUCCUGACCAUGAUAUUAGAACAUGCCCUGUGAAAAAUGACUACAAUGUUCCGCCAAAGAAGAAGUCAAAGCACAGCAGUACAGCUCACUUUAAAUUCUAG